AUGGCAUCGGCAUCCCGUGGUAGUCUCAGAGAAGUUCUCCGUAGUCGCCAGGAGGCUCGGAACCGUAAGAGCUGCGAUCCAUGUCGAGAGAGGAAGGUUAGGUGCGAUAAAGGAUCACCAUGCGCAACGUGUAGCAAACGGGGCUAUCCGGAUUUGUGUUCUUAUCGUAAUCCCCGACCGGAGCAUCGUCACACGGAACACAGAGUGGAAACAAUACAAUCGCCACAAGACGGAGGUAUCACCAGCGAGAGGGAGCAACCCGCAGCCGAUCUGCAUGCACAUACCUCGCCUAACCCCUCUCAUAGCAUCGGGGUAUUCAAGGCUCGUCUUACGCAUUCUACUUCAAUCGCUACGCUAGCCCAAGAGCCUUCUACACAUCUCAUUGAUGGCCCUAGCGACCGCGCCGCUUUCGAGACUGGUGUUUUACCUCUCUUAGGCGUGAAUGAAGCUACAAGCACAGAACAGCUGAUGACCGUUCUCGAAAAUGCGCUUCUCAGUAGCUUCUUAUCAGUCGAACAAGAUGUCUAUGCUCUUUUCCGCUCUUACAAACAUCGUGUCCACCCUUUUCAUUCCAUCCCUCUUGAUCUCGACCAAAUGGAAAAGAGACUAUGCGCCAUCAUAGAAUUCAGACACAGCCCAGGUACCGAUGUGGGACUAGACGUGAAUAAGAUUCCUCGAUGGCUUUGCUUGUUACACGCAGUGUUGGCAUAUGGUGCCCAAUUUUCGGAUAUGCCUCUAGAGCGCCGAUUCUCUUUAUCCCAUGAACAUACAAAACUCGCAUUCGAGUUGCUAGUAAAGACCGAUUAUCUAGCUCGACCUUCUAAGGAGACUAUUCAAACGCUCUUAAUACUCGGAAAUGUACUACAAGAUGAUAUGAAACCCCAAGCAGCUUGGGCUCUCGUGGGGACAACGAUACGACUUGCGCAGAGCUUAGGUAUGAAUACUUGUCGACCUCAACCUGAGUCAUUGUCCGUAACUGAGGGAAAUGCAUCUUUACGGCUUGCUAUCGUGCGACAAGAAGCAUUGCUCUCUGUGGCUUUCGGUCGCUCUCCAUCGUGUAGCGACAUGAAUUUCGAGGAAGAUUUGCCUACUCUUACUCCCGAGAACAGUUUAACAUACCGCCAAGCAAUGGGUUGGCUCUGCCACAUUGCAGUCCGCUUCCUGGAAUCCCGAAAAUGCGCAACAGCACCGCCUACGCCUCUAUCUAUUUUAAAAAAGAUCGACCUCCUUGAUCAAUGCGUUUCUCCACAUCUCAAGGAUCGCCAUUUCUGUGGCUCUGCGCAGGAUAUUGAGGAGUGUUAUGCCUUCGAUCUACAUAAGAACUUCGUCAUCUCAGCUCUCUGCCGCCCGUUCCUAUCAGAUGGGUCGAUUCCUACGACCAACGAUCGUGAUAGUCGGGAUAUACUAGAUCGACUCCAGGGUUCGUUAAAACGCAGCGCCUGGGCUUAUAUACGUCUACGGACUAUGAGUCCCCUGGCUAGAAGGUCGUGGGCGUUUAUUCAUAAUGGAUUGACAUCUGUCCUUCUAUUGAGUUUGAUGAAGGAAACGAGGCAUGAUGAUGUGACGAAAACGCUUCGGGAUAGUAUGAUUAUCAGUCUUCAGCAGGAAAAAGACGACUAUAGUCUGGAUUCAAAUUCGACAGCGGUUGGCCUUUUAUCGGGUUCGUUGACUAAGACAUUGAAGGCCCUUCAGACAAUGAAGGCAUUGGUAGAACGGGAAGCUGUACCGCAAAAUUUGUCGGGGAUGUCUUCAAAUGCCCAGGUACAAGGCAAUUCAAGCGGAUUGAAUGAAUCAAUUGACUUCGUCAAUCAACAAGAAUCGUGGAGUAUGGCCGAAUGGCUGGCGUCAUUCGAUUCAGGAGACACAUCUUUAGGGGUGUCCGAUUUUAUCUUAUCGGAACCAUUCGCAAGCGAGGAGUCUCCGUUUUUGGUGUGA